AUGAAGUUCCUCCUGGACAAAAUAAAACGGGCACUGUCCAGGGGGGGGAAUCGAGAUGGCGGCCGAGUGAAGGGGUCCGUGCGAGUAAAAAGGGAGAGCGCAGCUGUGGCGAGGAGGACACACCCGAGCAGCAGCUCAAUCAGCAGGUCAAUCAGCGGCUCAAUCAGCGGCUCAACCAGCGGCUCAAUCAGCGGCUCAACCAGCAGCUCAACCAACCGCUCAACCAACCGCUCAACCAACCGCGCAACCAACCGCCCUGAGUCGACGGACCCCACUGACGGGCGCAGCAAUCACAUAGAUGUCUCCAUCGAGAAUAUCCAGAGGAGCGAAACCAGACGCUACUACCUCACUCGAGCGAACAGCUUCGUAAAUGACGAUGGGCUAAAAUGCAGCAUCCUGUCACAAGUCCACUGCAGUGACGAGAAGGUCCUCCUCUACCUCUUUGUCUUCUCCUUGUCAAACGUAGGUCCACACAUCAUAGAAACGAUUGGCAUAUAUGUUAAUAAUACAUCCACCCAAGACACCGUAGUUAAGAGAACCCAACUCAUCCUGGUCAAUGACAACACCAUCAGUGGGGACCAUACCUCCAUUCGGGCCUUUUCCAAUAUUAAGGUAGCCAUCAAAAUUGAAGAAAAUAAACAGGACAGUGAGUAUGCAAAUAAAAAUUCGUGUAUCCAAGAGGUACUAACUGAUAGUAUGUUAUAUGCAUUUGAGUAUAGACUGUGGAGAGACCAUGAGUGGUGUACUCAGCAUGCCAUCAAAGAAAUUUACUGCCCGCUCUACCCCCCCCCUACUUGCUACUUCCCACCCUACUUUUGCGCUGAAUCAAAAGUGUGCCAAACUGAACCAACGGGGCAUACCCCCCCACAGGAGCGCCAGAAGCAGCAGUAG